AUGGCACUGGCCAAUGCGGAGGACAUGGUCCUGAUGCUGCCACCAGCAAGUGAUGGUUCCAAAUGGAGACUUCAUGCCAGUGAGCCUCUGAAGCACAUCUACUGCGUGGGCCUGGAGUCCCGGGGCAGCGCCCUGCUGCUGGGGUGCCCAUCCCGAGAGCCCCACAUGAGGGCUGGGACUCGGGCCCAACGAGGUGGGAAGAUGGUAAGAGAAGGAAGCCCUAGGCCUCCGCCUCUCAGCGCUCUGUCCGCCUUUCAGGCGUUGGGAGCCAUCACUGCAGUGCCUGUCAGCGGUCCUCAGGUCAGCUCCUUGCAGAGGUUGGCUGGGCAAGGAGCAGCAGUGCUACCUCAGAAAAUCGCCUUCAUGGUGGGGCUAGGCUUGGUCACCACCGAACACCUGGAAGAAAUCCAGAGCAAGCGUCAGGAACGCAAGAGAAGGAGCACAGCCAAUCCUGCCUACAGCGGCUUCCUGGAGACAGAGAGGAAGCGGCUCGCCCCUGCCUAUCUCAACAGCCCUCUGUUCCUCACUGCCCGAGGUAAGCCGGCUGGAACCCUGCCAGCGCUGCCCGCACUGGGGCCCGGACCACAGGAGCUGGGGGCUCUGGGAAGGGAGGGGCCUGUGAGUCCAGACGGCAUGCAGAUGCGGCUGGCCCAGGAGCCGAAAGGAAAACUCCUUUUUGGGGUCUCCAGCAUGGAGCUGUGGGGUGGUCACCGCGGAGAUGGGAUGGUGGUGAUGGGGAUGGUAGCUGUGGUGGUGAUGGUGGAGGUGGUGAUGAUGAUGCUGAUCGUGGCCAUGGUGGUGGUGGUGGUGGUUUAUGGUGAUAGCGGUCCUCCUGGAGGUGUGGCAGGGCCUGGGGCGGGGGCUGCUUCCCAAGGCCUUUGGAGCUCACUGCUGAGACCCUCUGACCCCCUCUCCCCCCAGAAAUGCCUAGAGCUUAAGACAAGUCUGCUAGCUCGCCAAAGGGGCACGCAGUCAUCGCUGGACCGGCUCCGGACGCUCCUGACACUGAUCCAGGGCGAGCAGACGCUGCAGGUCACCAUGACAACCGCAAGCCCCGCCCCGCGGCUGGCGGGGCCCUGGACCAAGCCCUCAGCUGCCGCCCUGCACUCCAGCCUCCAGCACCCCCAGGGCCACAACUGACCCCAGGGACCUGUCCUAGCCCGUGCAACACCGCUGGGCCUGCCGGCCCUACCCAGGGCUUCUGUCGGCCUUAAUUCAUAAACGCUAUGAAUUUCAGACAAAAACCAGACAGAGGUGACCGAGAAAGGGGACAGGAGCCGAGCCCUGCUGGGGGUGCUGGCCCCUCCAGCCAGGGCCCCCCGGGAGCUCCAGAGCUGGGCCCCGCUGGGGGUGCUGGCCCCUCCGGCCAGGGCCCCCUGGGAGCCCCAGAGCUGGGCCCCGCUGGGGGUGCUGGCCCCUCCGG